CCGCUGAUUAACAAGCAAAGGACUGCUGGGCUACUCGCCAAGGCAUAACGCAAGUUCUGCUCCUACGUGUGUGUGAGCAGGCUAGGCGGUCGGGCCGAUCUCUCCAUGACAGCUCGCGGCCAUGCCUCCCGGAGCGCCGCCAACAGAAAGUUCCUCGAGGAAGACCUGGAGCAACAAGCACCGGUUCCAGAGGAGAACCCGCAUGGGCACAGACCGCGGGCCAGAGACUACCUAGAGCGGGCCCAUCUGGAGCUGAUGGACCCAGGGCAAGAUCCAGAGCUGGCCGAGCUGGGGCCACUACUGGGGGCAGCAUCCCCGGACACCAGCCCUCGAGGUGCGUCAGCGUUCCCUGAGGAGGAGGAAGGGGAGGAGGAAGACCCACACAUGAUAACACUACCGCUGCAGGCACACCAUGCCAUGGAGAAGAUGGAAGAGUUUGUGCACAAGGUGUGGGAGGGCCGCUGGCGUGUGAUCCCGUACCACCUGCUGCCCGAGUGGCUGAAGGAUAACGACUACCUCCUGCACGGGCACCGCCCCCCCCUGCCCUCAUUCAGGGCCUGCUUCGGGAGCAUCUUCAGGAUCCACACAGAGACCGGCAACAUCUGGACACAUCUGCUGGGUCUGAUCCUGUUCCUGUGUCUGGGCACGCUGACGAUGCUGCGGCCCAACGUGUACUUCAUGGCGCCCCUGCAGGAGAAGGUGGUGCUGGGCAUGUUCUUUCUGGGCGCCGUGCUCUGCCUCAGCUUCUCCUGGAUCUUCCACACCGUCUACUGCCACUCCGAGAAAGUCUCACGCACCUUCUCCAAGCUGGACUACUCGGGCAUUGCUCUGCUGAUCAUGGGGUCGUUCGUGCCGUGGCUGUACUACUCGUUCUACUGCUCCCCCCAGCCGCGGCUCAUCUACCUGUCUGUGGUGUGUGUGCUCGGGAUCGCCGCCAUCAUCGUGGCCCAGGGGGAACGCUUCGCCACGCCGGCGCACCGACCCACCAGAGCCGGUGUGUUCCUGGGUCUGGGUUUGAGCGGUAUCGUACCCACAGUGCACUUCACCAUAGUGGAGGGCUUCGUGAAGGCCACCACGGUGGGCCAGUUGGGCUGGUUCUACCUGAUGGGGGCCAUGUACAUCACCGGGGCCUGCCUGUACGCCGCACGGAUACCUGAGCGCUACUUCCCCGGCAAGUGUGACAUCUGGGUGAGUGAAACAUUAGAAUGUUAGAAAUGUAGGAAACUA